AUGGAGUCAACCUACCGCUCGUUGGCAAACCGCGUUCAGCGAAUCUGGGAAGAGAAUCGCGCAAAUGGUCACAGCCGUGUCAUCAUUGCCAUUGCAGGCCCUCCGGGAUCUAGAAAGUCGACCAUUGCGCAGGAAGUUGCCCGUACCGUCGCAACUCUACCUGAUGGCCCUUUGAUCACAUCGAUUUCCGCCGAUGGGUUCCAUCUUUCUCUCGACACUCUUCGCACGUUUCUCAACAGCAAAGAACUCAUCGCGCGGAGAGGAGCCCCCUGGACAUUCGACGGGGAUGCAGUCGUCAAGCUCAUACGGAGGCUUCAAAAUUCACCUGACCAAAUCAUCACAGCACCAACCUUUGACCAUGAGAAGAAGGAUCCAGCCCCAGACGGCUUGAUGAUAGGACCUGAGAUUCAGGUCUGCCUUGUGGAAGGGAACUACCUUCUCAGCAACGAAGCACCAUGGGAUGCCAUUGCUGGACUUCUAGUCACGGUAGACCAUGAUAUUGCCAUCAGGAGAGUCGCCAAUCGCCAUUUAAAAGCCGGGAUUGAGAAUACGAUGGAGAAGGCUGUUGAGCGAACGCUCAACAACGAUAUGCGAAAUGGCGACUUUGUGAUGCGCACCAGCCAGGGGAGAUUUGAUAUAGAAGUGGAAAGCGUAGAGGUCUGA